AGGAUGGAUAUAUUAAAAUACACUGAGAACAUAUAAAGUAGACUACCUCAGGAAAUAUUACCAAGAGGCCCAGAACUCAAUAAGAUUAGAAAAUACAACUUCGAUCUGCCUCAGAUCUCAAAAUCUUCCAAUCUUAAUAUUUUAGCAGAUUUUUAACCAAUUAAAUUAUAUGGCGUCUAGUCAAACUCAUCUCCCCCCCACCCUCCCCCUUGCCUCUCCAAGCCAAUAGUUUUCAUUCGGCUUCAAAGUUUCAGGUAUCCUUGAUAUAUCCCUCGUUCUUUUCUUUUUCUUUCCUAGUUCAUAACUGCUUGGAAGUCUUUGUUUGAUGAAUUAUUGAUACUAAUAUCAUUGCUUGAGAGCAAUUUUGGUAUCCUCGCAUCUGAUUUCUAUUAGCAUGUUGUUCAUGAUCAGACACAUGUUUUGUUAGAGUAGCUUCUGCUGUUUUUCUUGGCAGUGACUAGUUUCCGAUUUUGAGGUUUCCUUUAGACAGAUGACCAAACCUAACAUUUCAGUGAAGCUAGGAAGAUGGGGUGGGGUUCGCAGGCCAAUCUUUAUUCUUGUCAUGUUAAUAUUGAGUAUCAAGGCGGAUUUCAGAGUGAACCGGGCAUAGCUGUCGAAACUGUAGUUAGCAAGAUCCAGAAAGAAAUGAAUGAGAUGAGAGAUAUGCCAAUAGACUCUUCGUCAGCAGAAACAAUAGUGUCAAGAUACAGUGCUUUUCUUGCUGAUAUUUUGGGACUUAUUGAGUCAUUACAGACAACUGGAAAUCCCCAGGAAAACAGUGAAAUCAGAGCUGUCCAUCCUCUAGCAGGACGAAAACAACAGUCGGAUGAACCUGCAAAAUUCUUUCUGAUUGAAGAGAUCCGCAAGUAUGUAAGGAUCAAACCCAACCGUUUAGGCAAACAGAACUUCAUGGGAGCUAAUGGAACGUUCACGAGCAUUGGCCAUGCUUGUUUUGCAAUGAAGAAAGAUAUUGAAGAAUAUAUGGAUUAUGAUGUAGGUGAAAUCUGCAAAGAUGAUUGGAAGCUAGCUCAAAAGCUGAUGGUUCAUGGAUGCGAUCCGUUACCGAGGAGGAGGUGCUUUGCAAGGGCCCCGCAGCUAUACAGCAAGCCAUUCCCCAUCAACGAGUCCAUGUGGAAGCUUCCUGACAAUCGAAAUGUCCGGUGGAGCCAGUACAGAUGCAAAAACUUCACUUGCCUAGCUAGCAAUACAACUCGCAAGGGAUUCUUUAAGUGUGCAGAUUGCUUCAAUCUGUCGGACCAUGAAUUGCCAAGGUGGAUCAAACAAGUGAUUUCUGACCCCGAGAUGAAUCUUACAGCAGAUUUUCUGAUACCUGAAGUGCUAAACAUCAAACUAGGAGAGAUCAGAAUCGGAUUGGAUUUCAGUGUAGGAACUGGGACUUUUGCAGCAAGAAUGAGAGAGUUUAAUGUCACAAUAGUCUCAGCAACCAUUAAUCUUGGUGCCCCUUUUAACGAAAUGAUUGCACUUCGGGGACUUGUACCUCUAUACUUGACUAUAAAUCAACGGCUUCCAUUCUUUGAUAAUACCCUGGAUUUGUUACACACCACAAGGUUUCUUGAUGGAUGGAUUGAUUUUGUGCUCCUGGAUUUUAUACUGUACGAUUGGGAUAGGGUCUUGAGGCCAGGAGGUUUGCUUUGGAUCGACAGCUUUUUCUGUUUGAAAGAGGACUUGGAUGAUUAUUUGGAAGCCUUUAAGAUGCUGAGGUACAGGAGGCAUAAAUGGAUUGUUGUUCCAAAGCUGGACAAGGAUGAUCGAGAAGUUUUCUUCUCUGCUGUGCUAGAGAAGCCGCCAAGACCAUUUCGUUAAUAACACGCGCAGGCGCGUGUGCAUACACGACAAAGCCGAGAUUUCUUUGUUUUUGGGGCUCGGUUGCUCCACUCUCCCUGGCUUCUAUCUUGAAUUCUUGAUUCCUUGCUCAAAAAUCAGUGCCUCGUCGUCGGCUUUAAAUAAUUGAUGAUAUAUUAGGAUAUUACAUUUAUGCUUUUCCUGUUAAUUUAGUUAUCUUCACAUUUUAUGAUUGGUUAUAGACAGUUGAAAACCCUGUAAACGAUUUUACCAUUUGAGACCUGUUUGUUUCAUGAGUAAACAAAUAAAAAUUUAAAAAUAAAUAAUACUUUCCAAUUAAAUUAAAAUUUA